UCCAUAAAGAAUUCUCCUUCCUAUCAAGUUUCUAUUCAAAGUCUCCAAUAUUCCUAAACACUUUUCCUAAACAUAAAAAGCCUUAUUUCCAACAAAGUGGUAUGAGAGCUUCAAGAUCCUCAAAAGAUGGCGAAUGGAGGUUUUCCUUUCCAAAUGCCGAUGCUCACAAAGAACAACUAUGAUAAUUGGAGUAUCAAGAUGAAGGCGCUACUAGGAGCUCAAGAUGUGUGGGAUAUCGUAGAGAAUGGCUUCGAGGAGCAAGAUGAAGCCUCGCUAAGCCAAGGUGUAAAGGAGACGUUGAAGGAGUCAAGAAAGAGAGACAAGAAAGCUCUCUUUCUCAUUUAUCAAUCGGUGGAUGAAGAUACAUUUGAGAAGAUAUCCAACGCAACGACGGCCAAAGAAGCAUGGGAUAAGCUUCAAACUUGCAACAAAGGAGUUGAGCAGGUAAAAAAGAUUCGUCUUCAAACUCUUAGAGGUGACUUUGAGCAUUUGUUUAUGGAGGAGUCCGAGUCAAUUUCUGAUUAUUUUUCUCGAGUAUUGGCCGUAGUCAAUCAACUUAAAAGAACUGGUGAAGAUGUUGAUGAGGUGAAGGUCAUGAAAAAAAUACUUCGAACUUUAAAUCCAAGUUUUGACUUCAUUGUUACCAACAUUGAAGAAAACAAGGAUUUAAAGACCAUGACUAUUAAGCAACUCAUGGGCUCCUUACAAGCAUACGAAGAAAAACAAAAGAGAAAAAUUAAACAAAAGGAGGCUACGGAGCAACUACUACAACUCAACGUAAAGGAAGCAAACUAUGCAAAUUACAAGAGCCAAAGAGGACGAGGUCGUGACCAAGAUCGUGGACGUGGACGAGGACAUGGAGGAGAAGGUAGAGGUGGUUACAAAAACCACUCCAACAAAUUCAACAAUGGAGAAAGAAGUUGGAAUCCACAAAUUGGUCACUACGCAUCCGAGUGUAGAUUCUCGAAGAAGGUUGAAGAGAAAGGUAACUUUGUAGAAGAAAAAGGCGGAGAAGAAGAAACUUUGCUACUCGCGUGCCAAAACAAAUUUGAAGAGAAAAGAAACAAGUGGUACCUCGACACCGGCGCAAGCAACCACAUGUGCGGCGAUCAAAGCAUGUUCAUGGAGAUCAAUGAAGCGGCAACUGGCGAUGUCUCAUUUGGAGACGACUCAAAGAUACCAUGUCUCAAGGCUUGCUAUACCGACUCUUCGUGGCUAUGGCAUCUACGAUUCGGGCAUCUCAACUUCGACGGUCUAGAACAUUUAGCGAAGAAGGAGAUGGUGAGAGGCUUGCCUAGCAUCAACCACCCAGACCAACUUUGCGAAGGAUGUCUAAUUGGGAAGCAAUUUCGUAAAAGUUUUCCAAAGGAAACAACAACAAGAGCAACAAAGCCGCUAGAGCUCAUACACACCAAUGUCUGUGGACCAAUCAAACCCAAUUCAUUUGGUAAGAAUAAGUACUUUCUCCUCUUUAUUGAUGAUUAUUCCAGAAAAGCCUGGGUUUAUUUCUUAAAGGAGAAAUCAGAAGUGUUUGAAAACUUUAAGAAGUUCAAAGCCCUCGUGGAGAAAGAAAGUGGUCUUUCCAUCAAGGCCAUGAGAUCUGAUCGAGGAGGAGAGUUCACUUCAAAUAAGUUCAACAAAUAUUGUGAAGACCAUGGAAUCCAUCGCCCACUGGCAGUGCCAAGAUCGCCACAACAAAAUGGAGUAGCAGAGAGAAAGAACCGGACCAUACUUAACAUGGUGCGAAGCAUGCUCAAGAGCAAGAAGAUGCCGAAGGAGUUUUGGGUUGAAGCAGUGGCAUGUGUAGUUUACCUAACAAACCAUUCCCCAACAAGAAGCGUGCAUGAGACGACACCACAAGAAGCAUGGAGUGGAAGGAAGCCCAGGAUCUCUAACCUCAAAGUGUUUGGAAGCAUUGCCUAUACCCAUGUUCCAGACAAAAAGAGGACAAAGCUCGAUGAUAAAAGUGAGAAGUACGUGUUUGUGGGUUACGACUCAAGAUCAAAGGGGUACAAGCACUAUAAUCCAAAUAGUAGAAAGAUCGUCAUAAGUUGCGACGUGGAGUUCGACGAAGAAGAUUGUUGGGAUUGGAGUGUUCAAGAAGAUAAGUAUGAUUUUCUUCUUUAUUUUGAAGAAGAUGAUGAAAUUCAACAACCAAUCAUAGAGGAACAUAUUACACCACCUGCCUCACUGACACCAAGGCUGGAUGAAACAAGUUCAAGUGAGAGGACACCGCGACUAAGGAGCAUUGAAGAGAUUUAUGAGGUAACCAAAAACCUAAACGACAUUAACCUCUUUUGUCUUUUUGGUGAUUGUGAGCCUCUAAGCUAUAAGAAGCAGCGGAAAACAUAA